CGGCGUUUGAGUGUUCUUCACACACACACACACAAAAGUAUUUUUCACAGAUUUGGUUUUAAAUUUCUCUCUUAAUUUAAUUACAUUUUGGAGUGAGCAAAGCCCAAAGAGAGGGGAGAAGAAGAAAAUUAGAGAAGAGAGAAGGGUCAAGGAAUACAAGCAUCACUAGUCAACGUUUGAUAAACCUCUCCUCCUCUCUCUCUUCAUCGUUUCUUCUCCUUCACAUCUCUCUAUCUUUCUCUUCUUCUUUCUCUCUCAAGGUAUCUCUUUUGCAAUCUCUCUAGAAUUCUCCCAUGGCACGUUCGAAUGUUCCCAAAUUUGGAAACUGGGAAGGUGAGGAGAAUGUUCCUUACACAGCUUACUUUGACAAAGCUCGUAAAGUUCGAGCUCCAGGAGGCAAGAUAACAAACCCGAACGACCCUGAAUAUAGCUCGGAUUCGCAGUCUCAAGCUCCUCCUCCUCCUUCAAGAACCAAGCCUGAGCAGGCUGACCCAGUUAGAAGGUCACGUGAGCAGAUGAGAAGCCGAGACGAGAGCGAGUUGAAGCAGUUUGGUGAUGGUGGUGGUGGUUCAUCGAAUGAGGCUGCUAACAAAAGACAAGGAAGGUCUUCUCAAAACAAUAGCUACGACAAGUCUCCGUUGCAUAAGAAUUCAUAUGAUGGCACUGGAAGAUCCAGGCCUAAACCCAACCUAAGAGCUGAUGAAAGCCCUGAGAAAGUCACUGUGGUGCCUAAAUUCGGUGAUUGGGACGAGAAUAACCCGGCUUCAGCUGAUGGUUACACACACAUCUUCAACAAAGUACGUGAAGAGAGAAGUUCUGGAGCAAAUGUGAGUGGGUCUUCAAGAACACCGACUCACCCUAUCUCCCGUAGUAACCCUUCCAACACUUCCAAAUGUUGCUGCUUUGGCUUUGGAGGGAAAUGAAUGUGGAAUGUUUGACGGAAGAUUGUAUAUACUUAUCGAGAAAUCAGUGUGUAAGUUUACCGGUUUUAAUGGCAGACAUUCGAGCUUCUUUAGAUGAAUAAGGCAUCAGUCCCAGUUGCAUAAGCUUAUUAUAGUAUAAAUUGUAUGUAUCUUUUGUAAUUUUUCUUUUAAAUACUUUUGGUGUUUAUCAUUCCAGUUUUGGACCUGCUUGCAGAUUCAUUACAUUCCUGGUACGGGAUAACCAAUUUGGUUAACCGAUUUUAUUGGAAAAACAAAGAUAUUUGGGUACCUCCAAGUUUGUUUUUCACU